UCCAUCGCCUGACAGAAUCGCCGUGUUCUCCGUGCCCGCCCAUCCUCCGCGGACGCCCGCUGCUAUGGCGACUCUGCUGCGCCCUGUCCGGAGCCGGCUCCGCGGGCUCCCCGGCCUACCGCGGCCUGCGGCAGAAAUGCCCCUCCGGGCCAGGAGCGACGGCGCCGGCCCGCUAUACUCGCACCACAUCCCCACCUCCCCGCUGCAGAAAGCGCUGUUGGCCGCCGGCUCCGCGGCGAUGGCGCUCUAUAACCCCUACCGCCACGACAUGGUCGCAGUUCUAGGGGAGACCACAGGACACCGCACCCUGAAGGUCCUCAGAGACCAGAUGAGGAGGGAUCCAGAGGGUGCCCAGAUCCUGCAGGAGCGUCCCCGGAUUUCAACGUCCACCCUCGACCUGGGCAAGCUCCAGAGCCUGCCGGAAGGCUCCCUGGGUCGCGAGUAUCUCCGUUUCCUGGAUGUGAACAGACGGGAUUUCACCAUAUUGGUCAGGCUGGCCUUGAACUCCUCAGGUGAUCCGCUUGUCUCGGCCUCCCAAAGUGCUGGGAUUAUAACCAGGGUCUCCCCAGACACCCGAGCACCUACCCGCUUCGUGGAUGAUGAGGAGCUAGCGUAUGUGAUUCAGCGGUACCGGGAGGUGCACGACAUGCUUCACACCCUGCUGGGGAUGCCCACCAACAUUCUGGGGGAGAUCGUGGUGAAAUGGUUUGAGGCUGUCCAGACUGGCCUGCCCAUGUGCAUCCUGGGUGCACUCUUUGGACCGAUCCGACUUGGUGCUCAGAGCCUGCAAGUGCUGGUCUCGGAGUUGAUCCCAUGGGCCGUUCAGAACGGGCGCAGAGCCCCAUGUGUCCUCAACCUGUACUAUGAGCGGCGCUGGGAGCAGUCCCUGAGGGCUCUGCGGGAGGAGCUGGGCAUUACGGCACCACCCAUGCACGUCCAGGGCUUGGCCUGAGCUCCUGAGCCAGCGGGGCCUGGCCUACCUCCCCCACCCACUGCUUCCCUUGGAGGCAGAGGGCUCCCUUGACCACCUUUGUUCCUCUUCUUUGAACACUGAUCCUUGGACAACAUUUAUCAUAAUUUGUCACAGCCACUGCUGAGUGGCCUUGAGGACGAACCCCGCAGGGAGCAAGCAGUACAGUGGCACUCCCAGGGGGACCAGCAGCUGCCCAAGGAGAACUACGCAUGAACAGUAUCAGUCGUCUGAGCUCAUGCUGGGAUGUCACAGCACUCUUGUUGCAACUCCUCCCAGCCAGCCAGGUUUGCUGGGGGCCAGGCUGGGUGUCCUCACAGGAGUGAGGGCUAUACCCAAUUCCAAAAGCCUAAGAAGAGAGAAGUGGAGGGGGAGGCGAGUAUGUGAAUAAAGGCUCCCAUCAGGUCAA